AUGGCUGACACAGACGUCGAUGAGCUCACGCAACGGCCGGAGGAUUUCGACCUGCCCACUGUGGAGGAUGCGAUCCGUUUUAUGGUCACCAGAUUUCUGGAGACGACACAUCGGAGAAAGCUCCACGAGAUCUUGGCCUGCAAGUGGGACAGGUACCAGUCUGCGCAGGCAGCCGUGAAGCUGCUUGCCCAGCAUGGCGUGGAACUCAGCCCGGAGGACGAAGCCCACUUGUCGGGCUUGGGAGAUGCCGAGCUGAUAGAUGCGUUGGUGCGCAAGAUCCCUGAGCAGUCCAGUGAGCAGUUCCAAGCUUUUUUCUUGGAGCUUCAGCUCGUAGUGUCUGCUGCGCUGCGGAUUCGGAAGGGCUUGGAGGAAGCCAAGCCGGAGGAUGUUUCGCAAGCCCUAGACGAUGCUGAACUAUCGAACGUGGGGCCACAUGUCAUGAAGAUGGCAGUGGUCCAGGCCGGCAAUGAUGUCAUGACUCUCGGGAUGCAACACAAAGCGUGGAUCCAGGAGUCCCAGCACAAGCUGUCGAUGCUGGUUAGAGGGCAGGAAGAAGCCAUGGCGGCAAAAAAGAAGCUGGCGGCUGCCAAUGCUAUUCUGCACAACAAUGUGGUCUCUCAAAACGAGAAGGCCAAAAAGGUUGUGGCAACCUUCCUGGGUGGCAGUGUCACGGCUUUGCUCAAGAGUAUUCUUGCAUCUUGGGUGUGCAUCAUGAGACGCGAGAAAACCGAAGGGGCGGUGCACCGGGAAUACAGGGAUCGGCUAGAAAGGAUGCAGAAGCACCUGGCAAAGUGCAAGCAAGAGCAGCUGGCCAUGGUGCGCUCGAUGUUCAUGCGGAAGAGUGCUGCUGGCUUGCUGCAGUUCAAGCGGGAGCUGUUUGCUACCUGGCGGGAAGAGGUGGAAGAAUGCAAGAUCGACAAGGAUGUUUGGCAAGAAGUAAAGAAGGUGGAGAAGCAGCUGUCCACGCUCAAGCAGACGCAGGCCGGCCGCAUGAAGAACGUGAUUGAGUCAGUGACGGCAUCGUCCCACACUGGCUUGAUCACAGCAUGUCUGAGGGCCUGGCAGGGAGAAGUUGGCAGCAAGCGCAAGGAGGAGGAGCUGCAGCAGUGGCUAGUGACAACCCGUAGGAGACUUGCGCAGCUACAGGAGGCUAAUCGGAGCCUGACGCGGAGUACCUGUGCACGACUAGCAGAGCAGUUUGAUGUUGGAUUGCUGAGCAUCGCUAUGCGGUCCUGGGUUCAGACACUGCAGGAAGCAAAGCAAAGCAGCGGCAUGGCCGAGAGCCUCGCCUCCGUGCAGGGCAAGCUCUCAUCCUUUGGUGCAAAGAAUGCUACCUCGGCCAUGAAGACUAUGCAGCAGGCAUCCGACUACCUGGACGAGAUUCUGAUCCUGAGGUGCUUGCAUGCCUGGCGGAUGGAUCAGAAGAUGUCCAUGAUCUCCUCUCAGCAUGGGGCAGUCAUUGAGGGAAAGCGGGCGCAGCUGCAGAAUGUGCAGUACAUGUUCCGUACCUUCGCCCUGAAGCUGGAAGCGGAGGCUCAGGAAAUGAAGAAGCACAGCUGGAAGCGCGAGAGGCGGAUGCACAGCAAGGGCGAACACACAGUGUCUUUGCCGGAUAUCCAUGCCCGUCCUGGAGCACAGCAAGGGCCUGGUGAGAAGGUCGAGAAGGGCGCAGGUGAGAAGGCUGCAAUGACCUGGACGGGCUGA